GACGGCGGUUGCAGUUUUCACUGCGCGCGGGGUGAGGCUGAGUGGCCACGCGAGUGGGGCUGCUGUAGGGCACGGGGACACGUCCACGUGGCCAGGAGUGGCUACCCCGAGUCAGCCACGUUGGAGGGACAGGCCUGUCCCUGGUACAGCUGCCGGUCAUGCCCACUGUCUGCCUUCUCCCAUUGCUGUUCUUCACUAUAGGAGGGUGCCUGGGCAGCAGCAGGCCCUUUCGUACCUUUGUGGUGACAGAUACCAAACUGACUCACCUGACUGUCCACCGAGUGACUGGGGAGGUAUUUGUAGGUGCAGUGAACCGAGUUUUCAAGCUGGCUCCAAACCUGACUGAGCUACGGGCCCAUGUUACAGGGCCCGUUGAGGACAAUUCUCAUUGCUACCCACCCCCUAGCAUGCGUGUGUGCUCCCAUCGCCUGGUGCCUGUGGACAAUGUGAACAAGCUGCUUCUCAUAGACUAUGCAGCCCGUCGUCUGGUAGCUUGUGGCAGUAUCUGGCAGGGCAUCUGCCAAUUCCUGCGUCUGGAUGAUCUCUUCAAGUUGGGUGAGCCCCACCAUCGCAAGGAGCAUUACCUGUCAGGGGCCCAGGAGCCUGACUCCAUGGCUGGUGUCAUUGUUGAACAGGGCCAGGGGCCUAGCAAGCUGUUUGUGGGCACUGCAGUUGAUGGCAAGUCUGAAUACUUUCCCACCUUAAGUUCCCGUAAGCUCAUCGACGAUGAAGACAGUGCAGAUAUGUUCAGUCUGGUGUACCAGGAUGAGUUUGUCUCCUCUCAGAUCAAGAUUCCUUCAGACACACUUUCCCUGUACCCUGCCUUUGACAUCUACUACAUAUAUGGCUUUGUCAGUGCUUCCUUCGUGUACUUCUUAACACUGCAGCUGGACACCCAGCAAACGCUGCUGGAUGCAGCAGGCGAGAAAUUCUUCACAUCCAAGAUUGUGCGCAUGUGUUCAGGAGACUCAGAGUUCUACUCUUAUGUAGAGUUUCCCAUUGGCUGCUCCUGGCAUGGUGUGGAGUACCGCUUAGUGCAGAGUGCCCACUUGGCCAAGCCUGGCCUGCUCCUGGCCCAGGCUUUGGGUGUGCCAGCCGAUGAGGAUGUCCUCUUCACCAUCUUCUCUCAGGGCCAGAAGAACCGAGCCAGCCCGCCUCGGCAGACCAUCCUUUGCCUCUUCACCCUCAGCAACAUCAAUGCCCACAUCCGGCAGCGAAUCCAAUCAUGCUACCGUGGGGAGGGCACACUGGCCCUGCCCUGGCUGUUGAAUAAGGAGCUGCCAUGCAUCAACACCCCCAUGCAGAUCAAUGGAAACUUCUGUGGGUUAGUGUUGAAUCAACCAUUGGGUGGCCUACAUGUGAUUGAGGGGCUACCCCUGUUGGCCGACAGCACUGACGGCAUGGCCAGUGUAGCUGCUUAUACCUACCACCAGCACUCUGUGGUUUUCAUCGGUACACGCAGUGGUAAUCUGAAGAAGGUGCGGGUUGAUGGCUCUCAGGAUGCCCAGCUGUAUGAGACAGUCUCUGUGGUAGAGGGCAGCCCCAUACUCCGAGACCUGCUCUUUAGCCCUGACCACCAGCACAUCUACGUCCUGAGUGAGAAGCAGGUGAGCCAACUCCCGGUGGAGACCUGUGAGCAGUAUCUGAGCUGCGCUGCAUGCCUGGGCUCAGGGGACCCACACUGUGGUUGGUGUGUGCUACAGCACAGGUGCUGCCGUGAAGGGGCCUGUCCAGGUGCCUCUGCUCCACAUGGCUUUGCUGAGGAUCUGAACAAAUGUGUACAGGUGCGGGUCUGGCCCAAUAAUGUGUCGGUGACAUCCCCUGGAGUGCAGCUGACCAUAGCCAUGCGCAAUGUGCCAGACCUUAGUGCGGGUGUGAGCUGUUCAUUUGAGGAGGUGACUAAAAGUGAGGCUAUUCUGCUGCCCUCUGGAGAGCUGCGUUGCCCUUCACCAUCCCUCCAGGAGCUCCAGACACUUAGCAGAGGACACGGGGCCACUCAUACUGUGCAGCUGCAGCUGCUCUCCAUGGAGACUGGUGUGAUGUUUGCUGGGGUUGACUUUGUCUUCUACAACUGCAAUGCCCUCCAGUCGUGCAUGUCCUGUGUUGGCAGCCCUUACCCCUGCCACUGGUGUAAGUACCGCCAUGUGUGUACCAGCCAUCCACACGAGUGCUCCUUCCAGGAGGGCAGGGUCCACAGCCCUGAGGGAUGCCCUGAGAUCCUGCCUCGAGGAGACCUCUUGAUCCCUGUGGGUGUCAUGCAGCCUCUAACCCUGCGGGCUAAGAAUCUGCCACAACCUCAGUCAGGCCAGAAGAAUUAUGAAUGUGUAGUCCGUGUACAGGGGCGGCAGCAUCGGGUACCUGCAGUGCGCUUUAACAGCAGCAGUGUGCAGUGCCAGAAUGCUUCGUAUUUCUAUGAAGGUGAUGAGUUUGGUGACACUGAACUGGACUUCUCUGUGGUCUGGGAUGGAGAUUUCCCCAUUGAUAAGCCUCCGAGCUUCCGAGCCCUUCUUUACAAGUGCUGGGCUCAGAGGCCUAGCUGUGGCCUCUGCCUCAAAGCUGAUCCCCGCUUCAACUGUGGCUGGUGCAUCUCAGAGCACAAGUGCCAACUGCGGGCUCACUGCCCAGCUCCCAAGAACAACUGGAUGCACCCAAGCCAGAAGGGUGCCCGAUGCAGCCAUCCCCGAGUCACCCAGAUCCACCCACUCACAGGACCCAAGGAAGGUGGCACCCGGGUCACCAUUGUGGGUGAGAACCUGGGCCUCAGUUUCCGUGAGGUUGGCCUGCGAGUAGCUGGUGUACGUUGUAACUCCAUCCCCACCGAAUAUGUUAGUGCUGAAAGGAUUGUAUGUGAGAUGGAGGAAUCACUGGUGCCCAGCCCACCACCUGGGCCUGCUGAGCUCUGUGUAGGUGACUGUUCAGCUGACUUUCGCACACAGUCCGAGCAGCUCUACAGCUUUGUGACCCCAACAUUUGACCGUGUGAGUCCUACUCGGGGCCCAGCUUCUGGGGGCACUCGGCUCACCAUCUCUGGAACUUCUCUGGAUGCUGGCAGCAGGGUCACAGUGAUUGUAAGAGAUGGCGAGUGCCAAUUUGUGAGGAGAGAUGCCAAGGCAAUCGUGUGUAUCUCACCUGUCUCCACCCUGGGCCCGAGUCAGGCCCCCAUCAGCCUUGCCAUUGACCAUGCCAACAUCUCCAGCCCUGGAGUCAUCUAUACCUACACCCAGGACCCCACUGUCACACACCUUGAGCCAACCUGGAGCAUCAUCAAGGCAGGGUGGUGGAGGGAGCCUGAGACCUUCCCUCAUCUGUCCAGUGGAAGUACUGCCAUCACUGUGAGUGGGACCCAUCUGCUGACGGUGCAAGAACCCCGUGUACGGGCAAAGUACCGUGGUAUUGAGACUACUAAUACAUGCCAGGUGAUCAAUGACACUGCAAUGUUAUGUAAGGCCCCUGGCAUCUUCCUUGGGCACCCUCAGCCUCGGGCCCAAGGCGAGCACCCUGAUGAGUUUGGCUUCUUGCUGGAUCAUGUGCAGACAGCUCGCUCCCUCAACCGUUCUUCCUUCACCUACUAUCCUGAUCCCAGCUUUGAACCACUUGGGCCAUCUGGUGUGCUAGAUGUCAAACCUGGCUCACAUGUUGUAUUGAAGGGCAAGAACCUGAUCCCUGCUGCAGCUGGCAGCUCCCGCCUCAACUAUACGGUGCUGAUUGGAGGACAGCCGUGUGCACUAACUGUUUCAGAUACUCAACUUCUGUGUGAUUCCCCUAGCCAGACAGGCCGGCAGCCAGUCAUGGUGCUGGUGGGUGGCUUGGAGUUCUGGUUGGGCACCCUGCACAUCACUGCUGAUCGGGCACUAACUUUACCAGCUAUGGUGGGGCUGGCAGCAGGGGGUGGGCUCUUGCUGCUGGCCAUCACUGCUGUGCUGGUCGCCUACAAGCGAAAGACUCAAGAUGCAGACCGAACACUGAAGCGGCUCCAGCUACAGAUGGACAACCUGGAAUCUCGUGUGGCGUUGGAGUGCAAAGAAGCUUUUGCUGAGCUACAGACAGAUAUCAAUGAACUGACAAACCACAUGGAUGGUGUGCAGAUUCCCUUCUUGGACUAUCGGACCUAUGCUGUGCGGGUGCUUUUCCCUGGCAUUGAGGCCCACCCAGUGCUCAAGGAGCUGGAUACUCCCCCCAACGUGGAGAAGGCCCUACGCCUGUUUGGGCAGCUGCUGCACAGCCGUGCCUUCCUGCUCACCUUCAUCCACACUUUGGAGGCCCAGAGCAGCUUCUCUAUGCGUGACCGUGGCACUGUAGCGUCACUCACCAUGGUGGCCCUGCAGAGCCGGCUUGACUAUGCCACUGGACUACUCAAGCAACUGCUGGCUGACCUCAUAGAGAAAAACCUGGAGAGCAAGAACCACCCAAAGCUGCUAUUGCGCAGGACAGAGUCAGUGGCUGAGAAGAUGCUCACCAACUGGUUUACAUUCCUGCUGCAUAAGUUCCUGAAGGAGUGUGCCGGGGAGCCACUUUUCCUGCUGUACUGCGCCAUUAAGCAACAGAUGGAGAAAGGUCCCAUUGAUGCCAUAACAGGCGAGGCCCGCUACUCCUUAAGUGAGGAUAAACUCAUCCGGCAGCAGAUUGACUAUAAGACCCUGACUCUUCAUUGUGUGUGCCCGGAGAGCGAGGGCAGUGCUCAGGUCCCUGUGAAGGUUCUCAACUGUGACAGCAUCACCCAGGCCAAAGACAAGCUGUUGGAUACUGUGUACAAGGGUAUCCCAUACUCUCAGCGCCCCAAAGCUGAGGACAUGGACUUGGAAUGGCGCCAGGGCCGCAUAGCCCGAAUCAUCCUUCAAGAUGAGGAUGUCACUACAAAGAUAGAGUGUGACUGGAAGAGGGUCAACUCACUGGCCCACUACCAGGUGACAGAUGGUUCCUUAGUAGCCCUGGUGCCCAAACAAGUGUCUGCCUAUAACAUGGCCAACUCCUUCACCUUCACCCGUUCACUCAGUCGCUAUGAGAGCUUGCUCCGUGCUGCCAGCAGCCCGGAUAGCCUCCGUUCUCGAGCACCUAUGCUUACACCUGACCAGGAGGCAGGGACCAAGCUGUGGCAUCUGGUGAAGAACCAUGAUCAUGCUGAUCACCGAGAGGGAGACCGUGGCAGCAAGAUGGUCUCAGAAAUAUAUCUGACAAGGCUGCUGGCCACCAAGGGCACAUUGCAGAAGUUUGUGGAUGACCUAUUUGAAACUGUGUUCAGUACAGCCCAUCGGGGCUCAGCUUUACCCUUGGCCAUCAAGUACAUGUUUGACUUCCUGGAUGAACAGGCUGAUCAGCGCCAGAUCAGUGACCCUGAUGUGCGCCACACCUGGAAAAGCAACUGCUUACCUCUGCGUUUCUGGGUGAAUGUGAUCAAGAACCCGCAGUUUGUGUUUGACAUCCACAAGAAUAGCAUCACGGAUGCCUGUUUGUCAGUGGUGGCCCAGACCUUCAUGGACUCCUGUUCUACAUCAGAGCACCGUCUGGGCAAGGACUCCCCUUCCAACAAGCUGCUCUAUGCCAAGGAUAUCCCUAAUUACAAGAGCUGGGUGGAGAGGUACUACCGAGAUAUCGCAAAGAUGGCAUCAAUCAGUGACCAGGACAUGGAUGCCUACCUAGUGGAACAAUCCCGCCUCCAUGCCAAUGACUUCAAUGUCCUAAGUGCACUCAGUGAGCUCUACUUCUAUGUCACCAAGUAUCGUCAAGAGAUCCUUACCUCGCUGGACCGAGAUGCCUCUUGUCGGAAGCACAAGCUUCGACAGAAGCUGGAGCAGAUCAUCAGCCUGGUGUCCAGCAGCAGCUGAGUGGGGAGAUGGUGAGGAGGGGGCUUCUCACUUCUGAGCCAUUCUCUGAGCCAGGGGAGUGGCUGGCUCUAGCAUGAGUCUCUAUGGCUGAGAUCCAGAUCUGGUGGUGUUGGGGAGGUUACCAGGCCAGGUUGCCUCCGUCACACCUGGGCCCCCUUCAUUAGUGCCUUGCUUUGGGUCCUGCAGGGGGAGGGGUGAUAGGACCAAGCUCCCCCCUACCAGCAGCAGCAAUACCCCCACCCUCUUGCCUUGUGUUCCUAUGUCAAGAGAGCCCUUGCCCUCCUAGCUCUACACCCUACCUACCUAUUUAUUAACCUAACCCCACCUUAAUUUCCACAUGUAAAUAUACAUGUCCCUUGGGAUAUUUCCAGCCUCACAGACCUGCCUCCUUGGUUGAUCUGGGCCUUGUUUCCUGUCCUGGUUCCUUUGUGACAUUGCCAGCCUUGGCUCAGCCUCUGGCAUUUCACCUUUGCUGUGUCAGGCCCCACUUGUCCUAAGAGAGCCUCAGUACCAGCAGCAUUUGGUGUUGGAUGAUACAUCUUGAAGCUGCCCUCAGAUUGGCUGGGCCUGGCCAGCCACUGUUCCUCUACAGAUGUUUCAGGAGUCAGACCAUAUUUUCAUGGGGCCUGUUGUCUCUGAGAGUACUAUAACCAGGUUGUGCUUGGGCCUGAUGUGAUGAGCCUGAGCCUCUGGGACAUUCCUUGUGUCCCUACUGCCAAAUUUCCUCAUUGUUGUAGGCACUUGCCCUGAAGCCCUUCAGCCUCAGCUGCCCCAUCAUGUGCCCACCCCUAAGGGGCCAAGGUGGCAGUGCCUUACUGUUUUGUGUCUCCUGCCUCUUCUGAGGAAUCUGACCCUAUCUGAUGGUUCCAGACCCCCAGUCUACUCUUCUUUUGUUGCAUGAGUUUUUCUUUGUUGUUGUAAUUUUUUUCCUAAUUAAAUGUUGGGAAAUGGG